GCCGAGCCUGAGGGAGCGCAGCGCGGGGCUCGGAGCCGCCCGGCCGGCCGAGCAUGCACUGAGCGGCCCCGGGCUCGGAGCCGCCCCGCCGCAUGCUGUGGGGAGACACGGUCGCGAUAAUAAAUGAUAGAGGAUACAAUGACUUUGCUGUCUCUGCUGGGUCGGAUCAUGCGUUACUUCUUGCUCAGACCGGAGACCCUGUUCUUGCUGUGCAUCAGCCUGGCCCUGUGGAGUUAUUUCUUCCACACGGAUGAGGUGAAAACCAUUGUCAAGUCGAGCAGGGACGCGGUGAAGAUGGUGAAGGGCAAGGUGGCCGAGAUCAUGCAGAAUGACAGGCUCGGGGGUUUAGACGUGCUGGACGCUGAGUUCUCCAAGACCUGGGAGUUCAAGAGCCACAACGUGGCCGUCUACUCCAUCCAAGGCCGGAGGGACCACAUGGAGGACAGGUUCGAAGUAAUCACUGACCUGGUGAACAAGACUCACCCGUCCAUCUUCGGGAUAUUUGAUGGGCACGGAGGAGAGUCCGCAGCAGAGUACGUGAAGUCGCGGCUGCCCGAGGUGCUGAAGCAGCACCUGCAGGAYUACGAGAAGGACAAGGAGAACAGCGUCCUGUCCUACCAGAGCAUCCUGGAGCAGCAGAUCCUGUCCAUCGACCGCGAGAUGCUGGAGAAGCUCACCGUGUCCUACGAUGAGGCAGGUACGGCGGGGACUUUUCAUCCUUCACAUCUGUCACAAACGGCUCCUUUGCAAUCUUUCUUCGUGCAGGUUGAACUUUUGUCCUCGUUUUUGGGAGGUGGYUUCAUCAGCUUCAACGGCUCGUGGCGCGUUCAGGGCAUCCUGGCCAUGUCGCGCUCGCUGGGCGAUUACCCCCUGAAGAACCUGAACGUGGUCAUCCCCGACCCCGACAUCCUGAGCUUCGACCUGGACAAGCUGCAGCCCGARUUCAUGAUCCUGGCCUCGGACGGGCUGUGGGACGCCUUCAGCAACGAGGAAGCCGUGCGCUUCAUCAAGGAGCGCCUGGACGAGCCGCACUUCGGCGCCAAGAGCAUCGUGCUGCAGUCCUUCUACCGGGGCUGCCCCGACAACAUCACCGUCAUGGUGGUGAAGUUCAGGAACAGCAGCAAGGCGGAGGAGCAGCAGUGAGCGCUGCUGGAGCGUUGGGGGCUCGGCCGCAGCGGGAAGCGUCCCCGGGCUCUGAGGGACGGGAGGAGCCGCUCCUGCCCUGGGCUCGACCAAAGGAGCAAUACAACCAUGAGCCUCAGAGCCCCCCGGCCCGCCCCGCGCCCCCCGAUCCAUAGGAACCUCUGUAAGCUCCCGUUCCCCACUUUGGUGUCGGAAUCCCGGGCAGACUGUGGGUCAGGGCGCUGCCCUCCCUCCCUCCCGUGU